AUGGCCGAUCCUCUGUCCAAAUCCGACCUUGCAGCUUUUAUUCAUUUUGGAGAUGAUCCAUCCUACUUUGACCUGGGUCAAGGAACUUUUGGACAGCCAGUGCUGCCUAAUCCUAAAACAGGAGUUGAUCCCUGUGAGGUGUGGUGCAGCAAGCCUCUGGAGAAAUUAAGGGAAUAUUGUGACGUGAUCAAAAUCAGGAUCCUCUGGUCUCUGUUCUUCACCAGGGAAAGCAUUUCCUUUGUGGAUAAAUACGGUUUGCUGUUCCUGGGCUGGAACAUCAAGACAGUCUGCGAGUGCAAUGUUUUGGAAAACCUUGCUGAUUUACUUAAAAAAGUUGUUAACAUCCCAUAUUUUAUCAGUGGCAUCCUGAGGAUUGGCAGUGGAAUAGAAAAUGGAUUCUUCCACCUUGCAGAGGCCCUGGAUUGGGUCAGGUGUGUUGGGGAUUCCAGCAUCAUGCAGGACCUGGAGCAGCUUGGGGACUGUGGCCGGGUCAAACUUCCUUUGCUUUUUGUUGAGUGGAAACGUUGCAUCACCAAAGUGGCUCUGCAGGAUUGUGAUUUGGUGGCAGAAUUGCAAGCUAUGACCUCGGAGAGCUCCAGGAAGAAAAGUGAGUCCUUGAAGCAGAGAGGAAAUGUUAAAUUCUCCCAAGGAGCCCUGGGCUGUGCCAUCGUGUCGUACACCAAAGCCAUCGAGUACUGCCCUACAAACCACCUGCUGUAUGGGAACAGAGCUCUGUGUUUCAUUCUCAUCAAGCACUACGAGAGAGCUGUAAUUGAUGGAAAAAGAGCCAUAAUUCUCAAGCCUGACUGGCCAAAGGGUCACUACCACUACUGCAGAGCCCUGGCCCUGCUGGGCAUGACUGAGCUGGCCCUGGAGGCCAACAAGAGAGCCCAGGAGCUGUGCCAGAAAAAGCCAGAGGGGCUCAAGGAACUCGUCCAGCAGAGUGAAAAAUUCAAAAAGACCCUGCAGGAAACCCAUGGUGCUAAACAUAAAGAGGAGGCAGGGAAGGCUCUGCUGGAGAAGAAACACUGCAGUGCUUCAAAAUCUCCUUCUAGGAUCUGCCAAGAGCAGAAAGGAGUGGAAAAAGGGAAGAAGAGAAACCAGGCUGAGCCCAAACAUCCCCAGGGGCCUCAAAACCAGGAUGCCAAGGUGGCUGAGCCCCAGGGAAAAGAAGGCAGGGUUUCCACGCUGGAGCAGCCUCCAAACCAAAGUCAGCAAAACAAACGAAAGCCAAAAACCAAAACUUGUGACUGUGAAAAGAUGAGGGACCAUGUGGAUUUGAAGAGGGAGUCCAAAGCCAUGGAGGAUAAAGAUUUCUGUGCUGUGCCACAGGUGGAUUUCAGUGCAGAUGUGAAAUCCCUGGGGCUGGAGGCUGAAGUGCCUUUGGUGGAUGAAUAUAAACCAAUUUUAUUACCCCUGCUCAGAGCCUUGAAUAAUCCAGAAUUCGUGGUGGAUUUCAAUGUUCUCCCAGAGGAUGUGAAGUGCCUGGCUCGGGAUGGCAGCAGAGCCCUGCUGGAGCAGCAGUGCCACGGAGCCGAGCGAGCCUUUUCCCAGCUCCUGAGCAUCCUCUGUGCCUCAGGAUCUUCGUAUGUGAAUAUUCUUAAUAUUAAUUACGUUAUAUUCCUCUAUGGACAUGCCACUGCCCUCCUGGGAAUAGGAAAUCCUGAGGCAUUGGCGAAGGCUGAAAAUCAGUUUAAGAAAAUAAUUGAGGAAUAUCCAGAAGAAAGUUGUUUUUGUUUGGCACACUAUGGAAUUGGAAAGGUUUACCUCAGGCAAAACAGGUUUGCUCAUGCACUCGACCAAUUCCUGAGGGCAAAGCUGAUGAUUGAUUUCAAGAUUGUCCCUGAGGUUUUAACCUGGCCGGGAACAACGCAGGUCAUCGAGGAGUCGCGAAUAGAGAAUUUACAGAUGGCUUUAAGGAAUUGUAUUGAGGAAUGUAAAUUCCCUCCAGAGCCAGAUGCUGUUUGUCGAUACCAGCAGUGCCAUGGCUACUCCAAAAUCCAAAUAUAUUUUACAGACCCUGACUUUAAGGGUUUUAUACGUGUUAUUUGCUGUCAGCAGUGCAGAGUGGAGUUCCACAUCAGCUGCUGGAAAAAGCUGAAAACAACGAGCUACAGUGAUAAAAAUGAUAAGGAUUUCCUUAAGGAAAUGUGUUUUACUCCUGAUUGUAAAGGCCUUAUUUCAAAAAUAGUUAUUUUCAGUUCUGCUGGGCUGGUAAAAUGUGAAUUUGAACAGAAAAUCCCAAAACCCAAGGAGCCACCAAGAGCCUGUAUAAAACAGAAAUGUUCAAGUCUUAGGAAGAUAAAAACAAAGCAAGAAAAAAAACUGUGGCGAAAACGAGCGCGUGAAGAGGCCCGGAAUUCUGCCAGGAAAAAAGCUGAGGAAACCCAGGAGGGAAGUGAGGAAUCCCAGUACAGUCAGCACAGGGGUUUUGGCCAGGAUUUAUGCUCUGGGGACCAGGUCCUGCAGCACAUCCGACGGAAUUCCCAGCAGAUCAAAGCUGCUGUCCCUGACACUGCCAAAUUAUUACAGGAGUUACUGGCGUGGGGUGUGAUCAGAGAGGAGGAUUUCACCUCUUAUUCCCAAAUUAAUGGCACUUCCCAGGAGGUGCUGGAGCAGCUCAUCAGCUCCUUAAUCCAGGAGAAAUCCCGAGUGCAGACCAGGGGGUUCCUGCACGUGCUGAGCCAGCUGGGAGAGGUGGAUCCCAAAGUGCACAAGUGGCUGCAGCACCUGGAUCACCUGGGUCUGACAGCUACAGAAAACUUUCUCCUUCAAUAUGGCCAAGUUCUGCAGGAGCUUGACUUUUCUAUUUUAACCCCACUGUGGAACCAGAAGUAUGGCAGUAAAUUUGAUUAUGUGGCAGCUGAUUUGGAAAAGCAAGAAAUUUGUGAUUAUUUCCUCACCCCUCCCCUAGAGAAAUCCCGUUGUUUUAUAUGGCUUUUAGAAGAAAACAGAGAACAUUUUCCAGACCUCCAUCAAGCUUUAGAUGAAUUCUUUGAUAAAAUGGAUGACCCAACCAUUAUAUUAAAGAAGCAGGGAAAUGAGAAUUUAUCAAAUAAUGAAAUCAAAGUUAAAAACAAAACCAGGAAGAAGAAUUUGAAAGAUUCAAAGUCUAUUUUAGUAUUAUCCAGUGGAGUUAGUACAGCACCACGAGACGAAGAGAAGAUAUUUAUAGAAGAAAAUAAUUUGUACAGAGAUUUUUCAAAUGAACCCUUUGUAAUCCCAGAAUAUCUCCAGGAGCAACUGGAGGAAUUCGAGGCUCUUUAUAAUGAUUCAAAUAGUAACAAUUAUCAAAUGAAUAAUAAUAAUGCAAAUCCAAUCUGUGAGAAUUUAUAUGAUUAUUUCUCUCAAAUCUUGGAAGAACAUGGCCCUCUGGAAAUCAAUAAUAAAUUACUGAUUGGGGAAUAUGAAAAUUUCCCUGAGGAAACUCGGAAGGUGGUGGAAGACGAGGGCGGCCUGGAGCCCUUCCUGCUGAAAUCCCUGCGUUUCAUCAUGGUGGAUAAUCUGAUUGGAUUAAGGAAGCACUUGGUCCUUUUUGAAGGAGAUCCAAGCAGAAAUGAACCUGGGAAUGAAAAGGAAGAGGAUCCAUCUGGCCACUUGGGAGGGAAUUGCUCCCGCAGCAAGCUGCCCUUGAAUCCCUACGCGCAGGAGUUCAAGCCCCUGUCGUGCCCUUUGUCAGCACCUCCUGAUUUAUCACAUUUUCAGCCUCCCCCAUAUCUGCCCUGCUCCUUCCCUGGGCACCCUCUGGAAAACGAGGCUGAUUCCACGGAGAGCCAGGCGCCGUAUCCCGGGGUUCUGACGGCCUUUCAGCCUGCAGGCCUGCCUUUGUUUUUGCCUCAGAGCUCCUGGGGUUAUCAAUACGGAAUAUUGCCCCUGCCUGCCGUCCUGGAACAGCCCGGAUUGAUCUAUUCUGAUCCUGCAGCUCGUCGGGAUAAGCAGAAAGCUGCAGUUCCACGUGGGAAAGGCAGCCCCGAGGGGUUUGUGCCCGCUGCAGUCCAGGGGAGCCGAGGCCUGCGGGGCUGCUCGGAAAACGGGGAGAAGGAGGAUUCUGCUUUCCCAAGGGAUGCUGAGGGUGGUGACUGGGUUAGGAAGGAAAAAGGAAAGAGAGAUAAACCUGAGCUGAAGAGCAAUCCUCACACGAGGAUGAUGGCUGUUCAGGUAAAUAAGGAAGUUGCUGAUAGGGAAACCAAUACUUUGCCUUUCCAUCCAUUUGAAAAUCAACAAGGCGAUAUUCUCCGCAUGGAAAAGGAGCACCACGUAUUGAAAGAACAACUCGGAGAAGCAGAGGAGAAAUUAGAGCAGUUACAAGGCAGGAGCUUGGAGGAAGUUAGGGCUUUGGAAGAGCUCUUGGAAAAAAGUAUCCAAGAGACUGAGGUGUCCCAGAAUGAGCUGCAUUGGUUCCACCAAGACUCAGAAACACAAAUGAAGAAAUGGCAGCAGGAGAAGAAAGAGAAUCGAGAGAACUUAAAAGCACUGAGGGGCACAGUUAAAAAACACUCGGACACCAAUGAGAGGUAUUUGAAGGUCAUUGAUGACAAGGAAAAGCAGUAUAACCAGUGUUUAAAUACAUUUCUGGAGACCAGUAAUAAAUUUGCUAAUGAGAAAGGCAAAUUGGAAGAGCUGAUAAAAAAGAGUCAAAAUGACAGCCAGGAGUGUGAGAAAAGAGCUGUUAAAGCAGAGGUCUCAGUGCUCCAGACCUGGAAGGAAACUGAAAUCUGGAAGCUCAAAUGCACCAUUGCCAAGGCAGAAGGAAAUCUCAGGAUUCUGAAGGCACUGUGCAGCAGCUCAGCUUCAGCAGCUCCUGUGUUGAAGUCCCAAAUUGAUUCCUGGGAAGUAUUUAUUUCAAAUGUCAAGAAACAACUGGAAGAAGUCGAGGCUGAGUAUGAAGAAAAAAUUGAGCUGGUGAAAAACGGUGCCCGGGACUGCCUCAGUAAAGUGGAAGUUGUGGAUUUGCCUUGUCCUCAGGCAGUUCUCACAAUACCAGGAAGAUCUCCCAUGUGUGACCCUGCCAUUGUCACCUGUUCCUCAGCAUCUGCACAUCCCCAUGCCCUUCCUGCAUUUUUGAGUUCUGAUGGAAAAGCUCCAGCCCAGCCUCCACUCCAAGCACAGACCAGAGCUAAGCCAGCACCUGCCACCUCUGAGGCUUCCUCUGCAGCUGGGAAAACACAUCCCAAAGCUCCAGAGGGAUCACAUGCCAGUAAACUCAAACCAUCCUGCCCAUCAGGGAUUUCUGGAAAUAAUUCCCAGCAUGUCCAGCCCAACCAGGAUCCCUCAGCUCUGCAACCCAGGCCUUCUGGAAUUCUAAACAACACAAAGCUUCCAAAAAGAAUUGAAAAUGUUUUUGCCCAGCUCCAGAGUAUGUUCCCAAACUACAGCAGCUUAGACCUCAUUGCCUUCAUCAAGGACGUGCAGAGGAGAAAUGGGAACGCGGGGGCAGACCUGAGCCCGGAGGAAAUCCUCAGUGGGGUCACGGAGCUCAUCCUGCAGCAGCAGCAGCAGCAGCCCAAGGCACCACCCCCGGCAGGCAGAGCCGUGCAUUCCCCGAGGAGCCGGGAAGUGCCUGCGGAAGGAAUCGCCCCCGGCUCCCCCCGGGCAGCACCCGCCCCUAAAACCUCCUCCAGUAAAAACCCCUCUCAGCCAAACCUGCAGGCCUGGGGGAAUGCUGCAGCUGCACCUAAAGCCAAAUGGAAGAAGCAGGACGAUGGUGCCUCCAGUGAGGAUCCCUGCACCAUCUGUCACGAUGAGCUGAGGAAAGACUGCUGGGAGCUCGAGUGUGGCCAUCACUUCCACAGAGAGGUGAGUCCUGCUCUUGUUCCUGAUCUCCACCCAAAAACAACCCCUUUACCCUCCCCUUUCCCUUCAGUGCUUACACAUCAGGGCACAGUUUCCUUUUCCAGCCUUUGCCCCCUGAACUUGAGCCACAGCCAGCCUGACUGGCAGAAAGCUUUAGGUAUUUUUAAAGUAAAAUGAUUCAUC